AUGUCACCCAGAUGGAGGGAGGAGAUGGCCUGGUGCAUGCGGCUGGAUUCGGUGCAUGCUUGGAAGAUGGAUGCGCAUGCCUGCGUGGGUGGAGGAGUCUCACCUGCCCGGCGCAGGACCCACGCAUUCUCCCCACAAACACACAUCCACCCCCCCUCCCCCCGCCCCCCCGAUUACCACCACCACCAGGUAAACAGCCGGUUCGCUCACCCGCGGCGGCGGCCAUGGACAGCGAGUCCUUUCCCCCGUCCACGCCGAUGCGCAGCACGGCCAUGGCCUCGCGCAUGGCCAGCGCGGCGUCCACCAUGGCCGCGCCCUCUCCGCCCAUCUUGGCCGCGUACAUCCAGUUGA